AUGAUUCUUAGAUCUGCCAUCCAGGCGUCCCUGGACUUGUGGAUGCUGCUAAGGAUCUCCUUUAAAAAAUUUGAUACUGAGCCACCCUGCAACAUCAAUGAUGAUGAUGAGCUCAAGCCAAUGACAGAGCUCCAGCGGUACCCAAAGGACACCUUCACAGCUACAUCCGUUCAGCUUGCCCUCAUUGAAUUGCUGCCCGUCCGCCUCCGGAUCGUCCAGCUCCUCAACAGCCUCCACUCCGAAAUCUCCUACGACCAACAACGAGGACCGCACCAACCCGCUCUUCCGCUCGACGCAGCCCUUGCCCGCCUGAUGGCUACAGCCGGCGGUCUUUUCCGCGAGGGCAUCCGAUGCGCCACCUCGGCAAUCAGCCUCAAGCUACUAGCACAUGUUGAGACCCAGCAUCUGAAUGGCACAUUACACCGCACGCGCCAGUACCGCGAUUUCCUCAAGCAGGCUGUCCGCGAUCACAUCCCCCAGUCUGAGGAGCGCAUCUGGCUGGCGCUGAGUAGUUAA